UGCCUCGGUAUUUAUGGAUAUUCUAGUUGUGAAGAUACUUAUUUGCUAACCCAAAAUGUCAUUAUGGUGUCUUUUGAAAUCUGUAAAAUGUUCUAAGCCAAAUUAAUGGAAGCUUGAAAUUAUUGUACAUGUUAAACCGGGCAUGUCAUUCGGUAAAAAGACUUAUGUGAGUGCUGCUCUCAUGUCUCCUUGUUAAUCGCUCCUCAAAGAUUGCUCCUUGGAGCACAAAUAAGAGCUUUGAGAGAGUCUGCAAGAUGGUAGACAGGAACAACUUAUGGUUCAAGCAGGGAUCGAGGAAACAGCAAGUAAAGGGAACGGGAUGUACCCAUUAUCAUUUGGUAUGCAGGUGUUCCAGCCCUGAUCAUCUCAUGAAAUCGUACACCUUCUAUGCUGUUGUGAUGCUCAAACUGCCUUCUGCACUAAAACGCUAACAAAUUGCCUUUGGUACAUCACAAACCAGCACACUGUGAUACAUACUGUGAUACGUCUCACCAAGAGAGAGAUGUGAUUCCUGUUCCAUCAUGCUGGAGCUUUGAAGGAUACAAUGAAGUGAAGAGAAAGAAAAUAAAGGAGCAACCCAUGUGUGCUGCCUUUCUGGACAGUCACUCCCAAGCCCUGUUGUCUUUGAGUGACCGACCAUACAUGUCCUCAACACUGAAGAAGGACAUUUUAAGUCUUGCCACCUGCCUUCGCAACUAUGUGGAGUACCUGAAGAGGAAGAGGGAUACUACAAUUGCAAAUCAUAACUCAAGUUAACCUGUCAGAGUUUUAUCUGAGAACAUUGCCGUGACACACCACAAAAACACCCCUGAGGUGGCUGCAAGGUACUGGUUGCUGGACAAUGUUAUGUGUCAGACAGAUACUCUAACUCAUGUGCUCCUGGAUGACACUGUACAUCUGGAAGAACCGUUUACAAGUUCAUGGCACAUAUUUGACUUAAUCAACAGAAUCCAGCUGUCUGUACCUGUCUGUGCUGAAAUACCAACCUGGUUGCAGCAAGACUGGCAUCACCUUUCUGUGGAAAGUGGAAAGGAACAGAACACAGGAUGAGCAGCUGACCCAGACCUCUCGAGUUGUCAGUUCUCUGCAGCCAUUUCUCCCACAGUACCACACCAGGUACAUGAAGAAAGAUUUCAAAAGGAAGAUAGCGAACAUGGCUAGGGUGACACCAAGCAUCGUAGAGGCAAUCUAUCAGGAAAUCUCCCAUGAUUCUUCAGCCCCAUCAAAUCCUCUCAUGAACCAGCACAUCCAAGUGGCUCUCCAGGGAGAGCCUGGCAUUUUUGUCGACUUGCGCACCCUUAACAGUGGUCGUCCUGGUGACAACUUUGAGAAAUUCUUCUCUAAGAUGGAAAAAGCAGUCAACAAAGUCACUGUAGCAGAUAAAAGGAGACAUGGCACUGCCCACCUGUCACAGUGGUUGUUGCUGGAGGAUCUCAUUGAACAGGUGAAGUCCAAAUGCCCUGAAGGAACCAGGGUGCCCAGCAAAGCCCUUGUGAAAUUGCAAUUUGCACCAAAGAAUCCCUACACCCAGAGUGCCUUGAACUUCACUUCAUGCUUUGAACUACUUUUUGAUGUACUACAUGCUUUGAACAUGCUUUGAAAGUACAAGAUCCAACGAAGACAGCUCCGAGCACCUCAACCUGAUGCACACUUCUGUGCUGCACUCUUCAAGUUAUUGCGUCCACGCAUGUAUCAGCUGUGUUCGGAAGUAUUUGUCUUAUUCAUGGAUGAUAAGUCCAAGAUGUCGGUUGGAGAACCAGGGGAGCCUGUGUCCACCGGUGUUCGAGGUGGACACUCAAUUGUGCCGUCAACCAGCCAGCUGGCAGCACUGGACCAUGACCUGACGAGCAAGGGAUCAAUCACAUCCACAGUAUACAUGCAACCCAAUGUCCCUUGUCAGCCAGAGGGUUCAUGGUACAGUAGCAAGGUAAAGAUCGUGGUGCAGGACUCCAUCUUCCAAAAGUCUACAGCAUACAGACAUGCAGCAGCAACAGUUAGGCUCGCACAGGAAGACCCUUCUGAAUGGAAACCAAUCCAUGUCAAGUACAGUGACGGUGGAACAGAACAUCGCACCCUACUGGUCAAAGUUCAGCCCAGUCUGAUCGCAAUAUUUAACAUGCUAGGACUGGACAUGCUCAUUGCCUGCAGAGCAGCUCUAGGCCAGAGCUGGCAGAAUCCAGUUGAGAGAGUGAUGGCUAUACUCAACAUUGGCCUGCAGAACUGUGCAUUGGAGAGAGACAAGACAGCAGAGGACAUGGAACACCUGCUGAAAAGGUGCAGUUCAGUGGCAGAGAUCUGCAAAGUGGGCAAGAAAAACCCACAGCUUCCUGCGGCUUGGAGCACUUCAGUUGCACCAGUGCUGAACACUGUGGCAGGACACUACAGUUGGCUCAAGUUGAAGGGCGAGCCAAUGACGAUCAUAGAUGCAGUCACAGAUGCAGAGGACGAUUCGGUCAUGGAGGUUAUCACCACACUUUUCCCUUCCAUCAAUCCUGCAACAGUGACCAAGCAACAAGCAGACAAGGAUCCAGCAUUCACUGAGUGGGUGCAGAAACACUGCUGGCAGUGCCGGUAUCUGUUUCAGAUACGCACAUGUGAUGACACUGAAUGCUGUUCCGUACCAUCCCUCCUGUCUGAAAGGAUGAUCUGGCUUCCUGACCCAAUGCCUGAUGCUUCUGGUGACCACUACUUGACUCUGGCUGAGGUUAUGGGCAAAGACACAGAUGAUGCCCAUCAACCUUCUGCCCAACAGUCACACAAACACAAACAAGCUGCGUGUGUUGACUUCUUCUUGUCAGACGCACUGGAGAAGCAGCAGCAAGAGUCUAGACUGUUUACUGCCCAACAUGCCCGGGCAGUAGUCGGCUGCAUGGAAUGCUCUAAACCAAGAGUGAUCUACUCAAUGCGCCUCCUCUCCUCUCACCACCAGGCCACACUGGCAGUGGCCCUGUCAGAUGAUGGCAUGGAUUACACAUGUGAGAGUUACAUCCUUGAGCCCAAACAUCAACUUUCAUCAACUGUGCAGGUCAGGCUGUCUCCCUCAUGUGGUGAUCCCAUAGAGCUGGCCUACUACCGGGCACCUUUUGGGAGGCAAGAUCUCUGUGCACACUGUGGCGGACCUCAGGGCAACACCUGCCCAGCCCUGUUAUUGAAAUUUAAAACGGUCUUGCCGUGCUGCCACAUUUGUAUUGGGGCUGGAAAAAAGCACAUUGUGGCCAGACCCUACGGCAAGCACAAAUGAGCAGUGUUCAUGUGGUCUAAAGAGGCCCCGCAGUUGUAUUUUCCUUAAUUUAACUUAAAGUGUAACUCCAGUUUUAUUCAACCCAUAGCCCUGUUGUUUGAGGUCACCAUGUGCUGUCCGUAGGAAAAACAAUGAAAAAAAUUGGUACAAUAUAGAGCGAAUAGUGGCCCAGAAGUCAAAGCUUAUCUAAUGGGCCAGUUGGCUUUUGUUUCAGUUUCAGUUUUAAUGUGCCAUUAAUAGGUUAGCUUUAGCUGCCCAGCCACUAUUGCUCUGAGUUGUACCAAAUGUUCUCAUUGUUUUUCCUACUAAUAGCAGGCAGUAAUGUUAGACAACAGGGCUAUGAGUCACAGAAAACCAGAGAAUAUUUAAUACAUAUUUUGUUCAUAUAAAAAUGUAUGUGUGUAUGUGUGUAACAUGCUGGGAGCAUCAAUUGCUGCUGUAAAAAAAAUAAAUAAAAAAAUGUCCCACCUAUCACUUGCUGCUACUGGAAAAAUAAAAUAAAAAAAUAAAAUAAAAUAAAUUCCCUACCUACCCAUGACCUCAACUGACAACCAACAGGAACCAAACUAUUUUUUUAGGCCUCAUUUAUGUUAUAUUCUCACAGACUCACACAUUCUCACAUGCAUGCACACACACACAGACUCGCAUACAGAAAGACUUAAAUGACUUAAAUGAAUUGAAUGUUCUAAAAUCCACGUGCUGGAUGCAUAGUUGAACGGUUCAAUCAUUUGAUGUUUUUAACUUGAAACCUAGUCAUAUCUAGCAGUCUUGUGUAACAGUGGUGACCUAAGCACAUCUGGCUAUGAGCCUAUUCUAGAUCCAUUGAUAAGAGAUCUACAGGUUCUUGAGCAGCAGGGAUCAUAUAUAGAGAAGUUGGGCAACAGCAUUAAAGGGACUGUACUUUAUGUGUCUGCUGUGUUCUUAAUAGACUCGAAUAUUUUGAAACGAUCAAAGGCUUUCCUCCUGACCUCCUUCACGAUUUGUUUGAAGUUAUCAUACCAGUAGAACUCAGUUUUUGUUUUAGGUCAUUCAUUUAUAAGAAAUACAUUAACUUAGAAGAACUUAAUUUUGCAACUAAGUCAUUUCCAUACAAAUUGGGUGACAAAACAAAUAAACCACAAUAGACUAUACAAAUGGUUAGUUGGAGGCAAUGGCCCCAAAAACUGGAUGUUAAGACUUUUGCCUUUGAACGGUUCAAUCAUUUUAUGUCUUGAAACCUAGUCAUUUGUUUAUGCUCAUUUAUGUUACCUGAGGGAUCAAAUUCUCUGUCACCAGAGUUGGUCAGACUGUUCUUAAGCCCAAUACUUUUUUUAUGGGGCAAUGUUAAACGUGCCAUGAAUUUAAUUGUGGUAUUGUUGGAUAUGUCAAUGGCCUGGGGUCUGAAAGAAAGAGCUUACACAGCAAGUGCCUUUCAGGAAUGAAUUGGUCUUUGGUCAUGUUGCGAGUAGACUGAAUAAAAUGUUAU